ACAGGCUGCUUGGUCCCACCAGUGUGGGGGGGGGAGGGACAAGCUGCUGGGAGUCAGGUAUUUGAGUGGCUGUGACAACACCCAGCUGCUGAUUCCUGUCCCAACACCAUCAUGGUCACUCUGGCGCUCCUGCUGUCUCUGCUCUCUCAGGUUAGAGGGGCACCGAACGUCUUGGACGUGACACAGACUCUAACGUUGGAGAACGGCUUAGACAGAGGAACGUGGGGCAAUGUGGACCUCUGUCCCCUUGGAUCCUUCGCCUUCGCUUUUGAAAUCAAGUUCGCGGAGUUGGGCCACUUGGACGACACGGCACUGACGGGUAUUAGGCUGUAUUGUGGAGACUUCAACGGUAGCCCAACCGGCACCGUUUCCAGCAGCGAGGCGACCUAUGGAGAGUGGCAAGGACCGCGGCAGUGUGCGUCAGGUAAAUACCUGAAGAGCAUGCGAGGCCAGGUGGUGCCAGAGCAGGGAGAAUUCGGUGACGACCUCGGUCUCUACGACGCCCAGAUGUCCUGCUCAGACGGUCAGGUUCUCGACGGUCUGGAGCUCUCAGCCCGCUUGCCCCUGAAGAGCAAUAAGCAACAGCAGCUGAGAGUGACGGAAGAUGGAAGAGUGGUUGAGGUCGUUCACUUGAAGACUGGGCUAAGAGAAGGAAGAGUGAAGUUAGUGGGUGACGGAGUGUGGAGUCUCUGGGCCGAGUGCUCUGGCACCAGCAGGAUCUGUGGCCUGCAGACCAGGGUGGAGCCAGACGAAACCUUCACUGACGACGCUGGAGUUUGCGACCUCAUCAUGUUCUGCUGUAGCUACUAGAGCUCCAUCCUCACCCGACACCUCACCAGCUGGCUCACCGGGCUGUCGCCACUUCAUGAUCUUCAUUGUUUUUGGUCUAAGAACUCCUGCUUGUGCCCGAAGCCUCUGGGUGGCUGCUGGUCAAUGAUCUGCUCAACCAAUCAACAACUAACACCUAUUUUAGGAGUUGCUUAUCUUGGUCUUCAGGUGAGCUUGGAGAAAUUGCAGGUACAUGAAUACUGUCCUCAAUCGUCGCCUCUGGGCAGAGUAAUAAUAUGUAGCAAUAAAAUGAAAAUUCAGUAUAAAAGAAAAUUUUAAAAUGGAAGGUAAGACCGAGUAUAUGUGUGUGUUCUAAAAACCAUAUUUUCGGAGGUAAUGUGCAACCCUUCUCAAUGUACUGUAUACAUAGUGUUUGUAAAGUUAUAUAGUAGACACUGUAUACAACACCUUUAAAAAAGGUGUAAGUUGCAUCCGAAAACUUGUUUUUUUUAAUACACAUACACAUAUUUUGGGUGUUUCCUACACCUUCAUUCAAGCACUACGUCAUUGUAGUAAGUUUAUUCACUAAAAAUAUUCAGAUAAUAUCUGAAUAUAUUGAAUGGUCUCGUGUGAGGAUGCCAGAUGUUCCUUGAUGAUGAUGAAUGAAGAACACGGCCAGUGAACGACACUCAUUCAUGAGGAAGAAGGCAACAUGGAUCAACAUAUGUUGACGUAACUAUCGGAAAAUAUUGAUAAUAAGUUCCACAAACAGUUGGGGAAUGAGUGAAAUUAUUUCGGUGAUAUGACGUUCCCAAAGUUUGAGUGGAAGAAAAUUAUGGAAAUAAAGAGAAAACGACUACU